UGAGGCGGAAGCAGUUUUCUGUCUGACAGUUUUGUUUUGGUCCUCCUACUAGCUAAGAUUAGCUAAAUUAGGUGCUCUUCAUCUAUUUGCGUUUCUACGAUCAGAUUUUUCUGUGACAGUUAAACGAAAUGAAGAAGUUUUUCGAUGACAUUAAGAAAGACAUCAAAUUUAAAACUGCGGGCCCUGGGAAGAAACUAACAGAAGAUUCCAGUAACAAGCCCGAGGUGGUGCAGAGCAGCUCCUGUGCCAAGAAUAAUCGCCGUGCUCCCACUGAAGGAGCCCAGAGGGCUGGAGCUGCAGCCCUGGCCAGGAUUGAACAGCAUCCGCGGCCGAAGGUCCAAACCUCUCAGGACGCCAUCAGGAACCAGGUUAAAAGAGAACUGGAGGCAGAGGCAGCUGCACUAGCUGAAAAAGAAAAGGCAGCUACAGCAGAGGGAUCCAAAGUGCCAGUGAAAGAUCCCGCCUGCCUCUCAGUGUCAGGUGUGUAUUUCACCUGCCCGCUAACUGGAGCCACUUUAACUAAGAGUGAGAGGGACGUGCACAUUAAAGAGGCCAUUUUAAUGCGGUUUGAGGAGGAUGCAGUUGAGGCCUCUGUUAUGAUGGUCCACACGUUUAACAAAGACAGAGAGAAAGUGAAGGCUGCUGUGGACAUCAUGAGCAAGUAUGUUGAGAAUAUAUGUAAGAAUCCUACAGAGGAGAAAUACAGGAAGAUUAAACUCAGCAACAAGGUGUUCCAGGAGAAAGUUCGUUGUGUGGAGGGCAGUAGAGAGUUCCUGCAGGCCCUGGGCUUCAUUAGCAUUAUGCUUCCUGUUGAGGGUCAAGAGGAAGAAGAGGAGUUCCUGGUGUUACCUGAGCAGAGUCCCGAUGACCUGGAGUUGAUGAAGGAGAGGAGGGAUCGUCUCCAGAGAGGAGAGCCAGUCAGAGCUCAGCUGGACAGGCAGCCUCAAGCGUUCAGACCCUCUCCCAACGCCCAACACUUCGAGCUGCCCCAAGAGUUCUACAACCUGACAGUGGAGGAGCUCAAGAAGGAGCUACAGCAGAGGAGUGAGGUGGUGGAGAAGAACGCCAUGCUGCGCACCAAGGCCAUGAGGGAGAAAGAGGAGCAGAGGGAGAGAAGGAAAUACAACUACACCUUGCUCAGGAUCAGGCUGCCUGAUGGAAACCUGCUACAAGGGACCUUUUAUGCGUGGGACCGGCUGCCUGUGCUGUUUGGAUUUGUACGGGAGUGCUUGGUGGACGGCUGGCAGCCCUUUGAGCUCAUUGCUCCUGGAAGUCAGAAACUGCAAGAGUCUGAAGAAGUCGCUCUUGCAGAGUGUAACUUGGUCCCUGCAGCUCUGCUCACAUUUGCCUGGGAUGCAGCUGUGCAGGCGGAUAUUGCAGCUGCAGGUGGAAAGAGCCCCUCCCUCCUCAAACCAGAGCUGCUGGAAACCAUUCGGACCCUGAGCUGAGCGGACUCCUCCUGCGCUCCCCCCCCUCUUACUGGGGUGGAAAUGCCCCUUGCAAAUGACCAAUAAUAAGUUUAUUUUUACAAAUUCUAACUUAAGUCAGUAGCAGUGAUAGAUUAGGGGCAACUUCACCCUAAUGCACUUGUUUUGCUGAGCAUACCCUUCUCUCUCCAUGUGGGGAUAAUGUCACACUACAGACUGUCUCAGCAGCACGUUGUGUUGAGGGAAGUAUUACUAACAGAUGUAAGGAGAAAAGCAAGGGACAAGUGUUGUUUUUUUGUUGCAACCUGAAUGUACAUGUUGUGCAGUAAACAGACUCGGUGGCAGCAGCCCUCUGUGCUCUGCUACCCAACAGUCAGCCAGUCAGGUAUACAUCACGUGGCAUGUUAAGAGACCUUGUUUAACUGUGUCAACACUUCCUCCCCUUUUUUGAAGUAAACGGUUCACAUAUUACCAGUGUACACCUCCUACUGUACAGUCAUGUAGAAGAAAAUCAAGAGUAGUGAAGCAAAGUAAAUCCAGUCAGGUACUGUUGUUGACGUGGAUUAGGUAUCUCAGCACCUAGCUUGCUGGGUGUCUGUGCACUGGCUUUACUUGAGACUUGGAAUGCUGUUAGUUUAGUUUGGCGGUGCUCAAGUGUAAACAGUGUUUUGUCUGGUCUGAGUCUGGCUUGCCCGUUUGUCCUCUGCUCUGCAGUGGCCCUGCACUCCUUGGUGUUGUACAACAUACUUCUCUGGUUGCUUCAAUAAUUAAAACGUCAAAUGUAAUUUAUUUUUGUGUAUGAGCACAAGCCCAAAUCAUGAAUCAUAAAUCAAACUUUUUUUUUCUGGAUAAUUUGAGAUGUCAUUAACUGAUAAGGUCCCCGUGUAUAAAGUUUUAGUGUUAGCUAUGUGCUCGAGAUUCUAAUACCAAAAUCUUUUCUUAUAUUUUACUAUUUAAGCACUUUUCAGGAUUAUUUAAAACUUUAUAAAAAACACUUUAGGGGUAAAGUGUGCCCUAAAUGUAAAAUGACAAAAAAAAAAAAAACCCCAACUCAAACAUAUUGCUUUGUUCACACUACUCAUGUGAUAAAUGGUUCACACUGCACACACUGCAGAAGCUUCAUGUAACCAACGUUUUCUGGCACGCACGCAGGCAUGAAUUAUAUUUGUUUAAAACUGCCGGUUUUAAUUCAUCCUGAGACUUGUAUUUAUUUGUAUCAGACACAUUUCCUUGAGUCUAUAUUUCAAACAGGGUAGGAGUAUAUGAAAAUGCAAUUAAUAGCACCUACCAGCCCACUGAAUCCAACGAGAAAUGAGUUUUAAAUUUACCCCAAAAUAGGGUUAAAUGUUUUAGAACCACCCUUUCAUGUCAUUGAAAGUUAAAACAUUUACUUUAUUAGUGGUUUUGCUUUACAUGAAUCUAUAGCAGGUAAAUCUGUAUAAACUAAUUAUAGUUUCUCCUGUUUGUGGUCGGUUAAUAUGACAACAACCUACCUCUCAUUGCUUGUCUAAUACAUCCCAAGUGAGUUGAAAACAAACAAGUAACAGAAACAGAUCUUAUCCUUUUUGUAAAAACUAUAGAAGUCAUUGUUUCCCAUUAUUAGUUGCACACUAAAAAACGCAACACAUUGUAACUGCUGGGUAAUAAUUUGAUGGACAACCCCAGCAUUUGUAAGGCCAAGUCAGCCAUAAGCACCAUUUCUGCACUCCUGUUCAGCCUGUCCACCAGUUACCUGCAAGUAUUCAAUGGAAGGAUGUAAAUGUUUUAUCAGCAUUGUAACCUUAUUAAAAUAUUUAGUGAGCAGUUGUGAUCUGUCCAGAUGUUCUGAGUUGUGUUGUUACUUUAUAACCUACCUGUAAUAAAGAUCGCUUGCAUUGCAUCUUAA